GGUCAUCGACAUGGCCGACAGCGGCGACACACGACAGAGAAAAGAUGGCGGUAUGCAACUCUUCCGGUCGUGAAGUUCAGUUUUCUUGACUUCAGUCCCGCAUUACACUCUUGCUUGCCGGAAAACAUCAAUAAUUUUCAUUAAAAUUUUUGCUUUCGUCGUUUAGUCUUCGUCGUUGGCCUUCGCGUGAUAAAUUAAACAUUAACGCGGCAUAACCUAUUGUCAGACAUUGCGUGUGUUUUGCAUUCACUGGGAAGCAGCAUGAACGAAGAUUUUAAUUUCGCCGAGCUCUGCAGGCUCUGCUCGCUGAAGAGCAACCAGCAGCUGCACAUAUUUGACAAGGAGGGCGAGCAACGACAACUGCUGUUCAAAAUACAUUCCUGCAUUCCAGCCGUGAUAACGAAAGAGGAUGGACUGCCCAAGAACAUUUGCCAGCGGUGCAUCUACAAAUUAGACAUGUUCUACGAGUUUCGCGCCAGCUGCAUAGCCACGGACACGGUGUUGAAGAACUACGCCGACAGUUUGAAGAACAUCGCCGCAUCAGUCAGUAAUCAAGGCGCAGAUAAGGACAAGAUGUCAAACAGUGGACAGCAGCAACGGUCGUCUUACGUGGAAUCACAUGCCGUGGCACAUGCGGCAUUGCAGCAACACAUGGCCCAACAGGCCGCCCAGGCGAGGCUAACCGGACCGGGGCCACCUGCAGCCCCGCAACCACCGAAUCCUACUUUUACCUUACCGGAUGAUGGACUUGGUUAUGAUGAUGGCGUCAGAGUACUCCGUUCCAUUGGGACAUGGUCACCGGAUUAUCCUGCCGCGAUGCGUGGUGGCAUGAUGCCGGCGUUUCCCGGCGCGACGGAUCAACAAUUCGGCAGUCGAGCACCCACGGUGAAUCAACCCUUACGGACGACCAGCACGACGACAACGAACAGCGUGAGCAUCCGUCCGGGAUCUGUCUCAAAGGCGACCAACACGGGCGAGCCUACGACGAAGGCAUUCUCCUGCACCGUCUGCGGGAAAGGGCUUGCCCGUAAGGAUAAGCUUGUCAUACACAUGCGCAUACACACCGGAGAGAAGCCAUAUUCCUGCGAAGUUUGCGGGAAGGCAUUUGCACGUCGAGACAAACUGGUCAUCCACAUGAACAAACUCAGACACAGAACCGGCGUCUCGCCUCUGUCGGCACCCACCGCACCUAGAUCUGAUCAGCAACAACAGCAGCAACAACAGCAGCAAGCGCAACAGCAGCAACCACCCCGCCAAGACAACAACAUUCAUAAACUGAAGGAGGAACCGGUGAGCUGGGCUUGCGAACUCUGUGGACGAGUGCUGGCCACGAGAGAUGAAUGGACGCAGCAUGCACGAUCCCAUCUAGAGACGGCACCGCCGCAACAUGCCGCGCCAUAUUUCCCCGGAUCUGCGCCGCCGCCGCAAUCAUAUGCGUCCGAGAAGACGUUCUGCAUGGUGUGCCGUACGGAGUUUACGGACAAGGCCGAGUUUAUGUUCCACAUACGCACGCACUUCGACCCGCACGCACAGGCAGCGGCGUCCAGCGGCAAACAGAGCGGCGGCGACGCCGCGACCGCCGAGCUCAUCGCUCGGGGAUCCUUCGUCGAUCCUUCCGGAUUAUGCAGCUAGAAUUAUACGUCCUCCUCCUCCUCCUCCUCCCCUUCCUCGUCCUUAUCCUCCUCCUCCUCCUCCUUUUCCUAUUCUUCCUUCUCUCUAUCCUCCUCCGCCGCUUCCUCCUGUCACUACAUACCGUCGAUCUGUGUCUUACCAUAGUACAAGUUCUCUGCUCCUCGACCAGAAACUUUCGCAUAGGGUGUUGUGCAUAUUGUGAUUGUAUAAUGAUAUGUACAUGCCGGCUCUCGUCGGCGGUGGAUACACAGUAGUGCUGCCUUUAGGAAGCUCCCAUCGUUACGACGAGAAUAGCGACGUUUCGUUUACUCGCUCAAUUCGGUUCAACUCGAGCAGCGAACUCGAAAGUGCAUCAUGCGCUGUCGAGUUCAACUGCCUUUCUCAGAUUGCUGCUACUUCGAGUAGAUGACGAUCUUCGCGUUUUCUCACUUCACGAAUAAUUUAGGAAUGAUACGGUGGUUUAUGUGCAUCAUCCGCAUCACGGCGUGACAUAUCACCAAGUAUCUUCUAGUAGGAGCUUCAUUUUCGGGCACGCUGCUGUGUAUCCCGAGCUAGAGGUAAGAUAUCCACAUUACCGGAGAAAGAGAGAUUUUGUUUUAAGUACUGACGCGAUACUGUCACGCUGGCAGCAAGAGCGCGCACUGUUGCAUCGGUACUUAAAUGCGAUUACUUAAUAGUAUACGUUCCUACAUAGCUAGCUUCCCGCGCGCGUCGUAGCAGCACGUACGUACUCUCUGUACCCAAGUUUGUUCCCAAUGCUAUUUCAUUAUUCUUUUUUAUAUACAUAUAUUUGUACAUUUGAGAAGCGUUACAAUUUUACUGGCAGUGAGAAUUUUAUUUCACCGCCAUACAUUAACAUUGAUAAGGAUCUUGCAACAUUGACGAUCAUAAGACAAGGAUUGUGUCUUUGUCUAUCGUUUACUUCAUUUAUUAUAGUAUAUUCGGCAGAGUAAUCGUCUCAUGCAUUACAUUUUUACGAUUUAAUUAUUUUUAGCUCUUGUAAGAAUUAUCUGAUAAUUUAUUUGAGCCAUCAGUAAUCAAAGUGCACGCGAUGCGAUUCCAUCUUCGACAUUUGACAUCGCGAAAUAACGUGAGGAUCAUUGUCGACCUGUACACGAAACAUAGAUUACAAUGACAUUUAUUUAAUUUGAUUUUUACGGUUUCUAAUAGCUCGAUGGUUCGUUUGACAUCAAAAUUUGUACUUGGAUUGUCUGAAGCGUUCUACUUUUUUUUGACAGUUUUACAAUUUUACUUAGAGAUUUAAUGACUCAAGCAUCAUUAAUUUCAUAUGAGACUAAGACUACACGAUUUGGCAAACAUAAACUCUGGCUGCCAGAUCGCGUGGAGACUGAAGAAGAACGUAUCUUCGUUUACCGUUUACUUCGUUUACGUUUAAGAGAACACAUGUGCAUUAUCUCGACUGAGAAUUUAAGCGACAAUAAGUUCAAGUUUCAGCUGGAUAUUGAAACACGCAUGUCAAUCCUUUGGCAGACAUUCCCGGGCGUUUCAACAUGAGUCUUGCAUUGCGAACAAACUGUAUUUCUUCCAGAAAGGAAAGCCGAUAGGAUCCGCUUGUUACGGCGCUUGAAUUUCCUCUCGUCUACCUUAGAGUAGUGCCCUAAGAUAGGUCAGUAAAGCGCGCUAAGACUGCCGUGCCUCCUGUCCCCACGUACAAAUCCGCUUCCGGGUUGUUUUCCAUUUCGACGAUCGCUUUUCGUAGGACGACCGUGCCUCUGCGUGACGAAGAAAAGCGAAGAGAAGAAAAGAAAGAAGAAAAGAAAAUGAAUCAAAAGUCGGAGCCUAAUGCUGAGCGUAUAUUUUGUGUAACAUUUACAAGCUACGUCACAACUAGAAGUAAUGCAACCGCGCGACAAUAGCAACUAUCUCUUUAGAUUACCGAUCGCGUAAGAGACGAUCGAUCGAUGUAGCAACGUUUCGAGUCUUUUUACCUCAUCGUAUGUUUAAUGUAGUCGAGAUUAGCGGACGAUCUCGCGAUCAGCGGGACUCACACUCUUUUUAUGUUUCAUAAUUGCGUCGCGCACAAUCCGUGUGCGCGCCCUCGCCGACAUCGAGCAAGGUGCAAUCAAAAAAUUUGGAUCACAUUGUCUUUUUGGAGCUAAUUCACGUUCACGAUCGGACGGAUGGUAUGAUGCUCGCUCGCUCGCUCGCUUCGAUCGGUCGCGGUCAAUCGAACACCGCAUUACCGUCGUUUCGCGCUCGAGAGGAGAGAACAUUGGUACCGCGCGAGUUGGCGCGUGUGAAAACGGAGAGAUGCGCGCCGAUUGCACGCUUACAGCUUCUGGAAAGCGUGACGGUGCUCGUACGCCAGUUCACGUUAUACUUGGAUUUGUUUUUUGUCGCGAGGAAAUUUUGCAUGGAGGAAAAGAAGGGAAAAGGGAAAGAGAAGACUCGUGUCUUCAAGUAAACUUUGAUUAUCCUUGUUUCGGGGUGCAGCGUGAUGCCCUCUCCUCUUUUUUUCUCUUUCUCUCUCCCUUUCUCUCGUGCGUUAAGGAUUUCGAAGAAUAGACACAUAGUGCCUUUUCUCUGGGACUUAUCCACACACCAUCGUCAUCAUUUGAAUUUUCACGUGUAGGGAGGCACACCGGCACACAUAAAGUGGGACACGACCGACGACGAUGAUUAAACUAGGCUCUUUCUUUCUUUUUUUUUUUUAAGAUAAGACGACGAUUAUCAUUUGAUCAUCGUCCCUUUCGUUACGAGGAGUGCGAAUGUUCGAUUGCCACACUGCCUCUGUAAGCAGCCGUUUUAGACUACUUUUAUACUGUUGAUGUCCACGCGCAGCUAAUCAGAGUCUGUAUAUUACUGCCAUAAUUACGGAACGAAAUGUAUACCCAAUAUACCUUUAUAAAUAAAACACGAUCAAAAAGU